AUGGAGAAACUCGAGAGGGAAAUCGGUCAAACCGUGGCCGUGGCGCAAACGACCAAGAGAAAGAAGCCGACCCUGGUUGACUAUGUCUACUAUGCCUCAAAGCAGCGGGACAGUGAGAGAGCGCAAGAUCUCAAGAGGGAGGAUGAUGUACAAGUUGCAGGCCUCGAUGAGGAUGAGACAGCGCACGUCAAUGCCUGGCGCGCCAUGCGGCUGGCGAGCUGGCCAUCGGCCUUCUUCCUCAGCACGACGGACAUCCUAGGCCCGUUCAAUGCACCCUACGCCUUCCGCCAGAACGGCUACCUGGCCGGUGCCCUGCUGUACAUCUUCAUGGGCAUAAUGGCUUUCUACGGCGGCGUCAUGGUCUGGUGGCUUUACGUCAAGCUCGACAGCGACCGCUUCCCCAUCAAGAGCUACAGCCACAUCGCCGAUCGCAUCGUGGGUUCAUGGCUCCGUAUAUUCCUGACCUUCCUCAUCUGGCUGCACAUGGUCGUCAAUGUCGGCACCACAUCGCUCGGCAACGCGCAGUCGCUGUACCAGCUAGUGAAUGGCCAGCUGUGCUUCGUGGUUGCGAUUGUGAUUUGGAUUGUCGUGUAA